AUGCUCACUAUGUUUCGAGCACGCCCCAGCGGUGAAGUCGGCUCUGAUACCACGGAAGAAAUUGUAAGAGAGGGAUACCCCUACUACUAUAAGAAGAGCAAUGGCCGUAUGGUCAUGGCUAGAAAGAUUCCAGGAAGAAGAGCGGGUAAAAAGUUUAGCUUACUAGGUCAAGCUUUCGGAAUUGAUGAACCUAAGAGAAGAUCCUCCAUCGAUACCUCGAGGAAGAAGAAGACGGUGCGACACCCUCCUCAACCUCAGCCGUCGUAUACAGCACCACUGCCUCAGCAGCAUUUCUCGAAUUUUGCUCCACCGCCAAUUCCCUUCCCACCAGUCAUCCCUCAGCAACCCUUUCCCGGCCCCAAUCUUUUUGUUCCAGCAAAUUCUGGAGUUCCUCCUUUCUACCCCAUUCCUGGUUUUGCUCCACCACCGGCGCAGCAACCCCUGUUAUGGGCUGUCAAAACACAGACACCAAAGCCGCCAGGUAUUGAAGAACUUCUCAAAGUCGAAUCAGAUUUCCUCAAGAGAGCGAAGUCGAAGUCAAGAAAAGAUAGAGAUCAUGAUCAUACUGAGAUCAAGACUACGACUACGACAACAAUUACCAAGCACAUAUGUGCUAGUUGCAAAAGGGAUCGUUCAGUAAGAUAUCAUCUCGAUCAUCCAAUCCGAGCUGGCGAUACUCCUGUGCCUGAGUUUUGUCGCAAGUGCCGAAGAAAUGCUGCCUCUACUAGCGGUUCAAGUAGCAAUGAUAGUGAUGACGGUGGCUCAAGAAGACGUGGGGAUGGAGCAAGAGGAAGAAGAAGAGAGAGAGUUUCAAGGAAGAAUGAUAGACGCAAACCUACAUCUCGACUUCACUCUGUUGAAGUACUGAGCCGGGAUGAGAGAAGAAAUAAUGAUCGCUCCAACGAUCAUCGGGGUGAAAUCAUCGUUGAGGAUGAGGUUGUACAAGAACAGACGACAGCACCCAAGGGCCAAUCUCGACGAAGUGACAACAAUUCGAGAGGAUCAACGUCCAGAAGCUAUACUCGUACUCGCGAAGGAGAUCUCGCUGACGGUGAUUCUGCUCCUAAACAAGAGUCAAACGUGAAAAUCAACAUCACGAAUCGAUCGUCAUCAGCCAGUCCACCAUCAAUUGACUACGAGACGCGGGAAAAAUCUGUUCACUUCUCUCAACCAGCGAGGGGAUCAAAUACUUCCCGCAAAGCUUCUCAACAAAGCAUCCGUGAAUCAUACAGAUAUGUCGAUCCGCUUCCUUCUGCCAGCUAUGCAUCUCUGCCAAGAUCCGCUCGUUUCUCAAGAGAGUCUCUUCCAAGUAUGCGUACGAGGGGCCAUGCUCAGCGCAGACGCUCGGAGCGUGCAAACCCUGAACGAACUUACGAUCAUGUUACUCGUGAGCAAGAAUAUGAACCUCUUCAUCGUCGUCGCUCUGAUGAAGAUGUUAUCGUAGUUGAAACCGAGCAUGAGCCACCCAGAUCGUGGGCUGAGUCUACGCCUCAUCCUCCUCCUCGCCAUCGCUCUUCUGAUGAGGACUUUAUCGUUGUUGGAAACAUGCAGGGAUUCCCAAGAUCACGGGCUGAGUCUAGACUUCAUAGCCCUGCCCGAACUCCUGUGAGAACCAGAGACACUUAUACCAGUUCUACAGUUGAUCAAUAUGGUAUCGAGACAGAGUAUAAAUGGACUACAAGCAAGAGAAGUACAAGUUCAAGUACUCUACAAGGUUUCACCCCAAGCAUUCGUCAAUCUUCAGCAAGUGUUCGUCGUUCUUCGGAUUCAAGCGAUGAGUAUAAUAGAGCUUAUGCCAUGGCUCAUCAGAAUCUGCCAGACCCAGGACCACGUCGCCGUCAACGCUCGAUGAGAAAUUCUGGAGGCUUCAUGGAUGGUGCUGACACGCCCCCUCAAGUACCAGAUCCUCCGACCCCAAACGGUGGUGUUUGGGAGCCUAGAAAUGCGCCACGCAGACCAGUGAGAGGUACUUCAUCAAGAGAAACAGGUCGUUCAACUUUUCAAAGUAAGGUACCUCGAGUUCCUCAACAUCAGAGCACCCCUCGAGGAUACACUAAACCAUGGAUGAACGCAUCUUCAAUUGAUCAGCACGGCCGACGUCGACCAAAGACUCAUCAAUUCCGAGCUCGUUCUCGGUCUUCUGAUUCUCAAGCAUCCUCUGGAUCGAUGGUUACUCAGUCGGAUUCCCUUAUAACACCACCACAAUCAGAUUCACAAUUAGACUCUUCACAUUCCACGCCGCUAUCCAUGGUUCGUCGUACUGCCUCUGUCCACGACACUACCGAGAGUGGCAAUGAAGUUGAAUCUACAGUCACAUCGGUCACAUCAUCCAGUCCAAAGACAACCAUUGGAAAUAAGCUUGCUGAUUCAUCACGUCGUCGUCACGCUCGUUCCGAAGCCACAAAUACUCAGGCUAAGGAUAAAGGUCCAACCAUCGGUCUCGCCUCCCAAAAGUACAACGAUCAACUUGGAAGUUAUGCAUCCUACAUCGAAUACGGCGAGAAAGCAAUCACUUCCAAAGGAGCAAACCUCUCUAAAGAUGGUGCCAUUACAGAUGAUGAUGACGAUGAUGACACCGUCAUCCUCGAUGACGCUACCGAUCUCACUCUUCGAACUGCUCGUUCUAAGGCUGCUAUAAAUGAACGUAUCAAUGCUCGCCGAGUUUCCUUUGCUGAAGAUCUUGAGUUUGAACCUACACCUGAGCAAUAUAGGGGGAAUUCCUGGCGUACAAACAACAAUACUAAUGGCGAGCAAUCCUGGGGUGGCAACACCAAUGCAGAUAAUUCAUGGGGAACCAAUACCAACGCCAAUGACUUCUGGACCACCAACUCUGUGACCGAAAGCGACCUUCCAGAAGUCGGUGGCUACAGUGGUCCUCCUAGUGCCAACGCCAGCAACUGGGAUCUCAACGAUGGUACCAAUACCAAUGGUUUUGACUACAAAAAUGGCUUUGCAUCUACACCCACACCCAAGAACAAGUUCAAGAAUGCUACUGCUACCAGUACUGGCAGUGAUGGCAACAAAGAUGAUGGUGAUAGCGAUCGUGGUAACAAUAACAAGCAACAAGUUGAUGAUGAAUGGGGUCCUAUUCCUACAUUUUCUUCGCUUAAUAUCUAA